UGCCAAAAAAAAAAAGGAAAUCAAAGGAGGAUUUUUCCUCAGAGGCGAUAAAAAGAGAGCAAAAGUCGUGGGGUUUCAUCCUCUCCGGCGGCCUCCACGGCGCUGUGAGAGGUGUUUAUAGCUCUAGAGUCUGUUAUUUUCUGUGGGUAUUUUCUUCUGGGUAAGUGUUUUCCAAUCGUGAUUCAAAGUGUGGAGGGAUGGAAAGAUUUGAGCGCCGGUGAUAUCUCUUGAUGUCUUCGGAGUCGAUUUGGAGUCUGGGUUCAGAUCUAGUACGGCAAGGUUGUGAUUUGGAGCUCUUGUCCCCUUCGAUUCAGAUCUGGGUUUUUACCUAGGGUUUGGUCGUUCUGUUCGUUUGAGUCUUGUUGGUGUUAAGUUGUGGGUGGCUAGUCUCUGUCAUGACCCUGGUUAGAUGGCGAGACGGAGCUUGGACUUUAGUUGCAAUCUUCUUCUCCUUUGUGGUAGUAGCAGUGUUCUCUCGUCGGUUCGGGUUGGUGCUGAUUGCAGUUUUAAUAGAAGCCGUGUGACUGACGAGGCUUGUGUGUAUGUUGGGUUAUGGUGGACUUCUAUCUAGGCUAUAAAGGGGACGUCAGUGCGUUUCAGCCGUAUCCGAAAGUUAUGUGGAGCAUGAAGCGCUCAGACUUGUCGGGUUGUGAAGUCUUAGUUUUAGGUUCUUAGUUGGGGAUAGUAUCGUCUGGCAGGCGAUAGAUCCGGGGUGAGAGUGAGAAGACUCGGUGUCUUCGGUUCUAGAAGUGGAAGGUAUCGUACGGCGGGCCAGGGGCAGCUACGAUAUAUCCAGUUCAAUGCUAUCUAUUAUGUGUGGGAAUAUUGGUUGUGCUGAAUUAUCCUUGUCUCUGUGUAGCUCGUUCUUGUUGGUUAUGAUUUAGUAGCGGUUCCUACUUUAGAUUUCAUUGUGUUGUAUUCUAAAGUUGCCCUGGUGUGGGUUUUAGCUGCCUGUCUUUGGGCUCUUGUUGUAUUCUAAAGUUAUAUUCUAAGUUUUAAUGAAUAUCAUCCUUCAGAGGGAAAAAAAAAGGAGGAUUUUCCUUUCGUCAAUCUUUUGGCGGUGCUUUGAAUUUCCUUUUUUGAGUGUCAGAAAAGGAAAUUGUUAAUUCAAUAUUUUCCUUUUUCCGUGUGUGCCGAAAUCUAUAAAAAGAGAGACUGUCAUCUCUUCUCCUUCACUACUAUUUCCUUUUCCUUACGUUUUUCUCUGCAAGCGAUUUUGUUUUCAAAAACCCUAAAAAAGCUUUUCUUUAUUCCUCAAAACGCGAUUCUCUUUCGAAACCCUAGAAAAUCAAAAGAUGCAAUCAUCAAACGAAGAGUUCGUAAGGUUUCUAGGAGAAGGCUCCUUCGGCAGCGUUAAUCUCGUCCGCUACUCUAAUCCCAACGGCUCUUCCUCUUCCUAUCUCUCUGCCGUCAAGAGCUCUCACCAAGAAGACUGCGACAGCCUCCAAAGCGAGUUAAAGAUUCUUCUCGAACUCAAGGGAUACCCCAAUAUCGUCACGUGUCUCGGAGACUCUCUCCAAGAAGGCUUCAGCGAGCUCGGGGAUAGACUCUACAAACUCCAACUCGAGUACGCUUCCGAAGGUAGUCUAACCGCUUUCAUGGACAAAUACCCCGACAGGAAGCUGCCUGAGCCGUUGAUCAAAGAUUUCACAAAGAUGAUUCUCCGAGGUUUGGUCUCUGUUCACGGCCACGGUUACGUCCAUUGCGACAUCAAACCGGACAACAUACUCGUCUUCCCGCGUCCGAGAUCUUCUUCUUACGAGGUCAAGAUUUCGGAUUUCGGUAACGCGUUGGAGGUGGGAGAGGUUCCUAUGUUCUGGGGGAGUGGAGUCCCGUGGGUGGGGACUCCGCUCUACAUGCCGCCAGAGUCCGUACGUUACGGCGUCGUUUACAGGACGUUGGAUUUGUGGUCGGUGGGGUGUUUGGUGCUGGAGAUGUACACGGGGGUGAGUCCUUGGGAAGGUGUUCGUCUCGAUCUUCUAGCGACCCGUCUCCGUUGCGGCGAAGCUCCUGAGAUCCCUGAGAGUUUACCUUCCGAUGCAAAGGACUUUAUCCAAACUUGUUUCUCAAGGGAGCUUGAGGAGAGAGGAAGCGCUUAUGAGUUGUUGUCUCAUCCUUUCUUGCCUCGUUCAGAAGUUGAAGAAGAAGAGGAGGAGGACAAGAAAACAAGAAACUCGUUUCUAUUGAAGUUGUUCAGACGAAGAAGUUCCAACAAGAAACCAAGGACAGAUGAUGCUGUUGUUAUUUCAGAGAAGAAGCCUUUGAAUUUGAGGUUUUUUCCUGCAAAGGCCUCACAGUUUAAGACAACUUUGAACCAAGUCUUGAGGUUGAAGUUUAUACCUUUGAAGAAAUCGACCAACUUUAAUUCAGUGUCUGUACAUUAAGGUUUAGUAGGUAUAUCUCUUGCUUAGUAGUUUUUGUUUAUUGGCGUUUAGGAUCUCUGUGUAGUUUCAUUGAUG